UCUAAAUGUUUGUUGGGUUGCAAUUGCAUUCGUGUCCAACUCAAACAACGCAAAAAAAAUUAACACGCAUUUGUUAUUCAAAUAAAACAAAUCUCUACAGUUUACUUUAAACCAAUAUGGCUGAUGAACAACCAAAUCUUGUGGCGGGCCACCCACCUGCACUAAAAGCUGGGGGCAUGCGUAUUGUGCAGCAUAAAGCUUCCGGAGCAGAACGUCCUGCCAAGGAUGCUGAAGAUUGCACUGGUCUAACACAACCCGUUAAUGUUAAUUCGGCCUCAGUGAGCGGUGCUCCAGUAAAGGGUAACACAGACUUUACUCCUGCCUCCGCACAGGUGGCGCAUUCGCCAAAACCUCCCAUGAAUGUGCAACACAAACCACAGAUAAACAUUCAACAGCCACGCAAGUGAGCUCUAUCUGUGUGUAGUGUGGUGUGGUAUGCGCACCGGAAACUUUUUGAUCUUUUUGUUAAAAUUCUCUAACGAAAACACCUUAAACUGUAUUGUAAUAAUUUUUUUAUAUAAUUCCUUUGUUCUAUAAGUGAGGUUAACUUUGAAGAAUCCUUGUAUUUUUGCUACUGCAUUCCAAAUGUUUACUUAAAUGAAAUAAAUUUUACGCCAUUUUGUAGAUAACGUA